AUGGAGGGUUUCAGCCUGAAGUUUCUCUUCUACACCUUAGCAGUCAUCUUCUUCAUUCAUUUCUCUGGACUUUCUCACACAGAAGCCAGCAAUAAGGGCGGUUUCAGUACUGAUCUCAUCUCCCGUGAUUCGCCUCUCUCCCCCUUCUACAAUCCAUCCGAAACCCAGUUUGAUCGCCUGCAGAAAGCCUUCCAUAGGUCCAUUUCGCGUGCCAACCAUUUUAGGGCUAAUGGAGUGUCUACAAACAGCAUCCAAUCUCCUGUAAUAUCCAAUAAUGGAGAGUAUCUCAUGAACAUAUCACUUGGAACCCCACCAGUUUCAAUGCAUGGCAUUGCUGACACAGGAAGUGAUCUCUUAUGGAGGCAGUGCAAGCCUUGUGAUAGUUGUUACGAACAAAUUGAACCUAUUUUCGAUCCCGCAAAGUCCAAAACUUACCAAAUUUUAUCGUGUGAGGGCAAAUCCUGCAGCAACCUGGGAGGUCAAGGUGGUUGCAGUGACGACAACACCUGCAUUUACAGUUACUCUUAUGGAGAUGGUUCACACACCUCUGGAGAUCUCGCUGUUGACACCCUCACAAUUGGAUCCACUACAGGUAGACCGGUUUCGGUUCCAAAGGUUGUUUUUGGGUGUGGGCAUAACAAUGGUGGAACCUUUGAACUUCAUGGUUCUGGCCUUGUAGGCCUUGGAGGUGGCCCUCUGUCAAUGAUUUCCCAAUUGCGUCCGCUGAUCGGCGGACGAUUCUCCUACUGCUUGGUUCCGUUAGGAAAUGAUCCAAGUGUGUCAAGCAAAAUGCAUUUUGGUAGUCGGGGAAUUGUCUCCGGUGCCGGAGCAGUUUCAACUCCUUUGGCUAGCAGACAACCUGAUACAUUCUACUAUCUUACAUUAGAAAGCAUGAGUGUUGGAAGCAAGAAGCUGGCAUACAAGGGUUUUUCCAAGGUGGGAUCUCCUCUUGCAGAUGCAGAUGAGGGCAACAUUAUCAUUGAUUCUGGGACAACAUUAACCCUUCUCCCCCAAGAUUUCUAUGGUACCUUGGAAUCAAAUGUAGUCAGCGCCAUUGGCGGUAAGCCUGUUAGGGAUCCGAAUAAUGUUUUUAGUCUUUGUUACAGUAAUCUAUCAGGCUUACGCAUCCCUACUAUCACUGCUCAUUUCGUGGGAGCAGACCUUGAGUUGAAGCCAUUGAACACAUUUGUCCAAGUCCAGGAAGAUUUGUUUUGCUUCGCCAUGAUACCGGUAUCUGACUUGGCCAUCUUUGGGAACUUGGCACAGAUGAACUUCUUGGUAGGGUAUGAUCUCAAGAGCAGGACGGUCUCCUUCAAGCCUACUGAUUGCACCAAGAUUGAUUGA